GCCACACGGCCCACCCCCCCCGGCCCAGAUUCUCAGCACGGGUCACAGACUGCACACAGUACUCACGCGACCACCUCACUCAUCUGAAUCUUUUGAUUCUUCUUUCAUUCUCUGCGCUCUCUGCGUUCUCACCUCCCUGUUCCCGGUCACUUUGUUUAGGGUUUCAUACAUUUUUCGUCGCCGUCGUCGAUUGCCGCCCAUCGCUCGCUCGCUCGCGGAGCCUUGUGAGUCCGUGACAAUCCUUGCCUCGCGGUGUUGCCGUACCUUCGCCAGUUCGCUGUUCGCCCAUCGCUCUCUCGCUCGAGUCGCUCGUCGUUACAGUGGUUUCACUUUCGUCGUCGUCGACUGCCGCCUAUCACUCGCUUGCUGCUUCAGCUUCACGAACCACGGAACCAGCAAAGCACUUCUGCGUGCUUGCAGGGUACUAGAACCUUCUUCUGCCACAGAAGGCCAGUGGCGCCUCCUCUUCCCCUUUUCCCAACCCACUACACCCCCAGCCAAGACCAGAAUAGAAGGCAAACAGAAGCAAGAAAAAAACUUUCCCAUCCACAUAUCUCCUGAAAAAAUAAUGGUUCGCUCCCAUGGCGUUCAGCUUCUCUGCCGGUUUGCCCACUGGUCUCCUUCCCUUCUGCAAGACUUCACCAAGGCCCUCGGUGAAUCAUUGAUGCGAGUGGGCUACAGAAAUUAUUACAAAGCAGCAAUAUGCAACCCAUCAAGGGUUCUUGGAAGUUCCAAUCCUGAAAUUGUGAAUCGGUUGUGGUUUGGAGCUUCGAAUGGAAGUUGGGGUGCAGUGCGGUUCAUUCAUGGAACUGCACAUAUGGCAGCGAAAGAUUAUUAUGAUGUGCUUGGUGUGAGCAGGAAUGCAAGUGCUUCUGAAAUCAAGAAAGCCUAUUAUGGACUCGCCAAAAAGCUUCAUCCAGAUGCAAAUAAAGAUGAUGCUGAUGCUGAAGCGAAGUUUCAAGAAGUUCAGGAGGCAUAUGAGGUUUUGAAAGAUGAGGAAAAACGUUCACUUUAUGACCAGGUUGGCCAUGAUGCAUUUAAACAAGCUUCUGAAGGAGGCCCUGGUGGUCCUGGCAUGAGAAAUCCGUUUGAGGACAUUUUUUCCACACCGAUGGAUGAUAUUUUCAAGUCAAUAUUUAGGGAUCGGAGGCUUGGAGGCGAGGAUGUUCAGGUUUCUAUUGAACUGUCCUUCAUGGAAGCUGUUCAAGGAUGCACCAAAACUGUGUCAUUUCAAACUGAUUUGCCUUGUGAAGCUUGUGGUGGAGCUGGUGUUCCUCCUGGGACUAAGCCUGAAACAUGUAGACACUGUAGAGGUGCAGGCAUGAGAUUCGCGCAGCAGGGCCCAUUUAGGUUUCAGUCUACCUGUACUGCCUGCGGUGGGAGUGGGAAAACUGUGAAGACCUUCUGCAAGUCAUGCAAUGGACGACGUGUAAUGAAAGGAUUGAAGUCGGUCAAGUUGGAUAUUAUGCCAGGAGUGGAUACUGAAGAAACUAUAAAGAUGCACCGGACUGGUGGAGCAGAUCCUGAGGGCGAUCAACCUGGUGAUCUAUAUGUUACUAUUAAGGUCAGAGAAGACCCUGUUUUCCGAAGAGAAGGCUCUGACAUUCAUGUUGAUGCUGUCUUAAGUAUCACUCAGGCAAUUUUGGGAGGAACCAUCCAAGUCCCAACUCUCACAGGAGAUGUUGUCCUCAAGGUCCGUGCUGGCACACAGCCUGGUCAAAAAGUGGUUCUGAAGAAAAAGGGGAUUAAGGCCAGGAGCUCCAUCUCAUUUGGGGAUCAAUAUGUGCACUUUAAUGUCAGCAUUCCAACGAGCUUGACACAAAGACAACGUCAACUUAUUGAAGAGUUUUCCAAGGAAGAGCAAGGGGAGUAUGAUAAGAGUGCUGCUGCUGGAGCAUCGAGAUAAAGAGAUCGACCAUAGUAGCCCCCAUUCAGUCAUAUAAAUUAUUGUAGUUCAUGCCAAGCUUGAAGAAAAGUGAAUGGACGAGUAGAUGGUAUUUGAGAAAUGACCCACCCAACUAGUUUUGGGAGUUUUGUAGAAGAAAUUUUGGGUUGCAAUUUUGAUUUUUUUCCCCUUUUCUUAAGAGAGGUGUGUAAUAUUUUCCUUCCUCAAGACUCCAUUACAUUUAAUCAUUUGAGGCCAUCGUGGGUCAUCUUAUUAUGGGUUUUAGCUUAUAUUGUACAUAUAUCGAUAUUAUUAUUACAUGAUAAUGAAACAUUGCUUCUUGUUUUGGUGAUU